GGAAGAACAGCAGCAGCAGCACGGUGAGAAGAUGAAGAGAAAAACAAGAAUCAUGAAGACGACGACGACGAAGAAGAGAUGCAGACAACAUGAGACAACGCUUUUCCCGUUGCUUUUAGCAGCCCUUUGUUCCAACUGUCAUAAUAGAAGAGCCCUCAUCAAGAAAUGCUUGAACAGAGUGUUUCUCUCCCUUCCCCAUCUCGACUUGUCACCAAUCCUCUCCUUGCUUCCCGCACUUCUCAAAUUCAAUUGUGCUGGGAUUGUGAGUAAAAGCUUGGAGAUUAUCGGUGCUGCAUCCCUGGCUUCGAUUGUGAUGAAUGAAAAGAUUGCUGAGGAAGGUGAAACAAUGAAGGGCUUAAUCUCGCUGUUAGGAAGUUCGAAAAGGGGAACUGCAAUGGCUGCCUGCAAUGCCUUGUUGGAUUUAUCCACGACGUCUGUUGGACGACAGCGGCUGGUUGAAUUCUCCGCAAUUGAGAAUCUCCUUCUUUGCUUCAUACAGGAAUCUAAAUCUUCAUCUGCGACAAUCUCUCCUGCUGCUGAAAUGACAUUGUCAGAGGAAGAUGAGUAUUCAAUAUUGCUUCUUGAGGGUGCUACUACUCUUAUCAACUCAUGCAUCAUUGAGCAGCUGCAGCACAUACCGACAGAGCUUUCUGAAAGAUUUUUGGUGCUUUUAAAAAGCUUGUGGAGACAAGCUCAUGAACUGAGGUUGUUUAGCAGUUCUGCAAGACGUGAUCAGGGAAAUAAGUUCUGCGCAAGUAACAUUAAAACAAGUAAUAUUGCUGAAUGUAUUUUCAGGCUAUCUAUUAAUUGCAGUCCCCAACCAGGACCUAUAGAUUUUAAACCUGUUAAGAAGAGCAUUUUUAAUUUGGGGGAAGCUAGUUUUGAACAAUUUUUAUUAGAGAUUUGGGAGGUAUCUCCUAUGCUUGUAAGGAAUCCAACAAAAGCCUCAUUACUGCAGGGCAGUGUUUUCAGUCCAUUCACUCAGUAUCUUGGUUCAAAAGAGGCAAUACCUUCCUUUCUUCCUUCCCUACUUAGAAGCAUUAUUUCUUGCCCAGCCAUUGCCUCAGAUGACCUAGAUAUUCUUCAUGUCAUCAAGGAGAUAAAUAAUCUUGGUUGCCCAAUAAUCUACCAUCAGGAUAUUCGUGUUGUAAAAACACAAUCUGGAGAAAGAGAGUUGCACUAUUUUCAGGAGCAGUCGGGUUCUAGCUGCUCCUUGGCUCCUCAUACUCUCAGUAUUGAUGAUAUAUUAAAAUGUGAAGUAGCAUUCCAGGAGGGUUAUUCAAUUGCUCUACGUGGUAUGGAGCUCCGCUAUGAAAGUAUUGCUGCUAUUGCAGAUGGAUUAGCAUCUCUCUUUGGGCUGCCUUCAGCUGGUGUUAAUAUGUACUUGACGCCAUCUAAUUCACAAGGACUGGCUCGUCACAGCGAUGACCAUUGCGUCUUUGUAUGCCAACUUAUUGGCGCGAAAAGAUGGACAAUUUUUCCUCGGCCAGAUACCCGGUUACCUCGCUUAUAUGAACCUUGUGAUAGCUUGCAUGAUUUGCAGGAUGAAAGUUGUAAAGUCGAUGAACGCCAGCAUUUUCUGCUGAAGGAGGGAGAUGUUUUAUAUAUUCCAAGAGGUUUUCCGCAUGAAGCAAGAACCGGUAAUGACGAGGAUCAAAAUGUAAAUGACACUAUUGGAUUCUCCUUACAUUUGACUCUCGCUAUUGAAAUUGAACCUCCAUUUGAGUGGGAAGGUUUUAUACAAGUUGCUUUAUAUUGUUGGGACAAAAAGCAGAAAGUAUUACCAUACAAAUCCGAUGAUUCUGUACCAUGGAGUCUACAUUUGCUAUCCGUGAAGCUAUUGCAUAUUGCAAUAAAGUUAAUCGGCAAUCGUGAUCCAGGCUUUCAAAAAGCUUGCUUGGUUGGUGCAAUACACAGCAAAGGUUGUCUCUUUAACAACCAGAUGAUGAUCUUUGGGGAUUUGAUCAGCCGGAUCACCAGUGGCUCAAAAUUUCCAGACGCUCUUGAACAGUUAGAAGCAGCCAUACACAAAAAUGAAGAUCCUCUUGAACACGUAAAAUGGAUGAAACAUCUCAAUGAAGAAGGAGAAGAAGUCGAGAGAUCACAGAGUUUGAGUAUUUCAUCAGUAGAUAGCCGGUGCCUUCCUGAUCUACUGAUUCCACAUAAUAGAGAUACAGCGGAAGCUGCUUUUGUGCACGUUAAGUCUAAGUUUUGUCGUGAAGUAGAGUUUCAGGAUGCAGAACAAUACUACAAAAUGCUGCUCGAGAAGUACAGGAAGGUGAGGAAACAGUAUCGCAACGGUUUGAUCAAACUCGACGUGUCUAGGACAACAUUCUUACUUUGGAUGCUGAGGAAAGGACGAUGAAUCACUCUUCAACGGAGAUGGGAAAGGCUCUGAUAUUGAGUCCCAUGAAAUCUUGUCA